AUGGGGACCGCCUGUGAGAAAUGCGAGAACGACGAUCUCACACCCGACAGCACGUGCGACUCUUGCGGAGAUCGAUGUUCGACCUGUGGAAAGAAGGACAAGAAGACCAAACAGUACGUCUCACCCCCCUGUCCCGGUCGAUGUGGACGUCGCGAACGCGUCUUCCAGACUUUGUACGAUCUCGGAAGUUGGAUCUUUCGCGAACAUCACAAAGGAUUUACGGUCCUGUUCCAUAAUCUCUCGUACGACGGUCAGUUCCUCUUACAGUACCUGCUGUCACAGUCCAUCCGCCCCUCCUUCAUCAUCUACAGGGGAAGUAAAAUUCAAAUGUUUAACCUCAGCGGCCUUCAGAUCCGAGUCAUCGAUUCGUUUAAUUUCCUACCCGUGGCCAUAGCCAAACUUCCCAAAGCCUUUCAGCUAGAAUCUUUGGCCAAGGGAUACUUCCCUCAUUUUUUUACAUGUCAGGCCAACCGGAAUUACGUAGGACCUUACCCGCCUGCCGAGACUUACGGUCCUAAUGCCAUGUCCGUCGAGGGUAGGAAAGAGUUCUUCAAAUGGUACGAGACUAAAGUCGCCAGUGGAGAAAUCUUCGAUUUUCAAAAAGAAAUCCUCAAGUACUGUCGGAGCGACGUCGACAUCCUCCGACGUGCAUGUCUCAAGUUCAAGAACCUCCUGCUGGAAGCCACCGGCAGAGACGGAGGUCAUACCGUUGACGCGUUUAAUUCCAGUACCAUUGCGUCUCUCUGCAUGGACGUAUUUAAGACGAAGUUUUUACCCGAAGACUGGAAAUACCUGGUCAAAGAAGACGAUCAAGAACGAUGGCUUGAUGUCAAAAUGCUUGAUGGAGAAGUGACUGUGAAUCACGAGGGCCGGUGGAUUCCGUGGGACGAUCUUAAGCAACGUAACGUCGAGAUCACGAAAGAAGAGUUCGUCAAGUCUCCGAUUGCAUGGCCCCCACCGAAGGGAUAUCCGUCCCGCAUUAAUUAUAGUCGUAAGUCCAUCUGUUGGUUGGAGUUACUGAGACAUCGAGCUCAAGCCUCGGGAGGCGUGUUAGACAUUCAACAUGCCCUGACGGGGCGUGGGGAAUACCGAGUAUCCGGUACCCGCUCUUCCGUCGACGGAUACGUUCCGCCCAAUGCAGAACACCCUCGUGGCGUGGCUUAUGAGUUCCACGGUUGUCUAUACCACGGCUGUCCCGUCUGUUACAAGGACCGAGACGCCGUGCUGAUCCCGAACUCCGAGCAAACAGCUUUCGAAUUGCUUACUCUGACAGAGCACAAGGAGCGUCGUCUCCGAGAAGAGGGGCUCAAAGUCGUUACCAUCUGGGAACACGAGUUUGACGCCCUGUUAGUCACGGAUGACGAUGCCAAGUCGUUCGUCGAUAGUUUGGAAGUGGUGGAUCGUCUCGAUCCUCGGGACAGUCUGAUGGGUGGACGUACCAACGGAUGUGUGCUCUACAAGCGAGCGACAAGGGACACAAAAAUCAAAUACGUCGACUUUACAUCCCUGUAUCCCUAUGUCAACAAGACGUGUCGUUAUCCCGUCGGACACUCAGACAUCGUCACUCGCGAUUUCGCCGACCUGACGACGUAUUUCGGAUUGGCCAAAGUCAAAGUCGUUCCACCACGUGGUCUCUUUCAUCCGGUCUUAGGUUAUCGUACAGGGGGUAAAUUAACCUUUCCCCUCUGUCGAACGUGCGUCGAACGUCAACAACAGACACCCUGUGUCUGUAACGAUACACAGAGGGCUCUCACGGGAACGUAUUGUACACCAGAACUCUUGAAAGCUAUCGAGAAAGGAUACAAAAUCUUAAACAUCUACGAGAUAUAUCAUUGGAAUUGA